AUGAGAGAGAGAAAUGAGAGGAUUCCUGAUCCUGGUGAACAGUUUAGCUAUAUCAUUGUGAAGGAUUCCUAUCUUCGCGAUAAGAUAGGCAGGUUAAUACCGUAUAGAGUUAAGGAUUAUAUGGAGUAUCCAUCAAAUAUAGCAAAAAAGCAAAACAUGGAAAUAGAUAUCAAUUAUUAUUUAGGCACUACAGUUGCAAUGUGUGCAUGCUUUAUCAAUGAG